GUCCACACGCCCACGCAGGGGCUGAGAGCCCUGAAAGAGGCCAUCGCCAAGUUGACUGGUGCCCUGAAAAGCGAAGAUGUUCAGGUCGAACUCUCCACAGCAGGCUCCGUGGCAGUGACGCAGCCGGAGCGGCCACAGGGGGAGGUGUGCUGUCUCUUCUGGAUUCCAGCUGGCGACGCAAUGGACGAGCUGCGACAGCGUGUUGAGCAGCUGGACGCGAAAGCCUUCACCCAGCAGUUUGCAGCGAACAUGCUUGAUGUUGGCCUCGAUGUGGAUGCGAGCCACCUGAACGUUCUGGAGCCGUUUCAAGCAUCGACAGCAUCGGAUCCCGAAACUGGUGCUUCGCUGGUUCGUGGCAGCUUCAAGUUCGCGGUGCGCCAGCAG